UUGCGCCCCGCCGCUAAACCAAAGACAGAAGUUGUUGUUGUUGCUAGGAUCAGUGCUUUGACUUUAUAUUUAACAUGUCUUGUGCAGCUGUGAAUUGUACAAAUCGUCAUUCAUCAGGAUCUAGUACAAGUUUUCAUCGUUUCCCGUUAGGUGAUAAAGAUCGGCUGCAGCAGUGGCUGGUGAACAUCAGACGUGACCAUUUCAAGCCGUCUCCUUCUUCUCGCAUAUGUUCCCACCACUUUGAAAACAGCUGCUUCUUCACAAACAAUAAAGGUCAAGUGUGCCUUGCUAAAACGGCUGUCCCUACAAUAUUUUUCAUCCCUGGCCCCUUUCAGAAGCAGCUACGGCGCACCCAAGUAAGGCAGAGGAACGUGGAAAGUCAUGAAUUUCAUACAUACUGUCUCAAAGGGGAUGACAGGAGAAAGUUUGUGGAGGAGGAAGUUGUUUUGGAUGAUUUUGUGAAAGAGGAAGAUCCAGACAUGACUGAAACUUUUGGGACCCCAGUGAUUUACCCCACUGAAAUAUGUGUCAUUGCAGUUAGACAUGAUCACUGCUACCGUUCUUGGUCUUCAAACACAGCUUGUAGUUCCAUGGAGGACAGCAACUCAACGACAGACAUGCAGGAGACCGAAUCACCAGAGAUGUUGAAGCACAAUUUGAACUUAGUCCUGAGAAAGAUUAAGGCUUGCAGAAAAAAGAUGAAACUGAAGAAUGCUACGAUUAGAAGGUUGAAAAGGAAAUUGAUUUCACUGUCUUCCAUCAUUUCGGAACUGAAAGCGAAAGAUCUCAAAGAGACAAAAAAAAACACACAUUACCCUCGGGCAAAACAAGUUCUGAAAGCAUCUAAAGUUCUAAACCAUGGGAAGAGUCAAGAGCUGUAAAAUAAUUACUCCUGGUAAGAGCCGCGGACUCAAGACCACUAUACGCCUUGGAUGAGGAGGUGGUUUUGUUCUGCCAGCAUUCUUCCUAUCGUUUCCACUGGUCCGUAACAGACACACUUUGGGAAAUGAGUUUGUGUUCUGUAAUAAGUUGAUUUGGUCAGGAGGAUGUAGAGAUGUUAGAAGAAUACAUAAAGAAUAGCACUUUAUUUCCCUUUUUUGGUUUUGGAAAUGCGAGAAACCCUGAAAGAACCAGCAUAGAUGUCAGACUGGAUGGUGUUUUGCGUUUUCUCAGGGAUGUUGAAUUGUUACAUGAUUCAUUUGUACAUUAUGGGGUGCCUACGUUCUACUUGCACUUUUUGAUAUUGCACAAUUAGUACAUUUUUUUAAAUAUUUGACAUCUUGGUUCCUCUCAUCUCAGAUGGUUAAAAAAGCUUUGGUCUUUCUUAACUGAUCACUACAGAAUUACUACAGUGCACAUUUUAGCAUUGAAAGCUGCCAGUUGCAGAUAUGCUGAACAUUUCAAUAAAGCUUUUUCAGUAAGUUGGAUAUCAGACAUGAACAUAACAAUGAAAGAUUUUCAAGGUUAAUUUCAAAAUAUGUAAAAUAUUUAAGAUUAAUUUAAAUGAUCCUGGCACAGAUUUCAAUUUGGCAACAGUUUAUCGCGUUGAACUGAUUUUGUUGACA